CAAAAAUCCAAUUUGAGAACACAUGAUGGAGGUCGAGGACAACGUCGUUGGCACGCUGUUCUUGCAGAACGGAGAAGACAAUGGCUACAACCCAGAAGACUUUGUGCAGGAGCUGGACGUGGGGAGCUCGACGCCGCACUUUCGUAUCUCAGUAGCGGACGAUGACGGUGGCAUCCCCGGCUCGCUCUUCGCUUGCGCUGUCUGGAACGGAGCGAGAUUCAUCGCCAUGCACUUCGCCAAACAUCCCAAGCUGGUGGAGGGUCGGAGGGUCGUGGAAUUCGGCGCAGCUUCGGCGCUGCCGUCGCUUGUGGCACUCCAUUUCGGUGCAAAGCUGGCUGUUAUGACAGAUUACCCAAACGACUUAUUGUUGAAAAACAUUGAAACGAAUAUCAAGCGUAACGCACAUUUAUUGGGGACUGGGAGACGUGACGUACGGGGACAUCUCUGGGGCAGUGACACAGCUGCGUUGCUGAAAUGUCUGGAUGCUCCCCCGUCUGCCGUGUUGGACGAGCAAAAAGAGUCUGAAACUCCAGACGACUCGUCGAUUUGAAGUGGCAGUUGUUGCAGAGUGUCUAUGGCUGCAUAACCUGCAUGAAGACUUGCUGAAAUCAAUCGACGCGUGUCUGUCACCUGGAGGAAAGGUAUUUGUUAGUUUUGCCCACCACGUCCCAGGCCACGAAGAGCACGAUUUAUCGUUCUUUAUCAAGGCGAAAAAGCUAUUCGGGUUCGACGCUGUCCAUCUGGACACGCUAGCUUCCCCGCAUAUCUUCAAUGCCGACAGAAUCGUCGACCAGUAUUUGUACAUGCUCACCAGGUCCAAAUAACAGAUCAAUUAUGUUCCAGAUCCCAUGACAUGGCAAAAAAAUGAAUUGAUGAAAGUACUAUAAAACAAAUAGAAAAGUACUUGGAACCCACAUCCUAAAGGUUGUGGAUACCAUUAUCCUAA